CCGUUGUGAUGUGUAGAAAUUGGAAUACAAACAAAAAAAAGAAAUGAAUACAAACAAAAAACUCCACAAAAAAGGAGAGGCGUCUGUAAUCCGUGGAUCGUGCUUGCCUACCUAGAAAAGUCUUCUUCAUAUUCGUCUUUUGUAUGAAUAUUAAAACAGCAAUAAACGCAAUUAUUGUUCCUCUCUUUACACUUUCUAAUUCCACCUUCAUCUUCUCCUUCUCUAUCUCAAAGCUCAAGAAAGAUAAAAAAACAAAACCUCAGCGCAAAAUUCAAGAAGAAGAAAGAAAGAAAGAAAACAGAGGAAAGCUUUCUUCUUUUUUGACCCUUUUCUUCUCCUCCCAAAGAUUUAAAGUUUCUGUAAUGGAGUCUCCACAGUCUGUGGCCUCAACCUUCAACGGUAUCCACUUGAACGGCAACGAUGAAAGCAGCACAAAGAAAGCUGAUUCAGACAGCUUCAUGGGUGUGCUUGAGGUUUUUGUUCACCAAGCCAGGGACAUCCAAAACAUCUGCAUCUACCAUAAGCAAGAUGUGUACGCUAAGCUCUCUCUCACAAGCGAUCCCGAGAGCUCCUUGUCCACGAAGAUCAUCAACGGUGGAGGAAGAAACCCUGUCUUCGACGAUACUCUCCAGUUCCAUGUGAAGAGUGUUGAUUGCUCGCUCAAGUGUGAGAUAUACAUGAUGAGCCGCGUGAGGAACUAUCUCGAGGAUCAGUUGCUUGGUUUCGCUCUUGUCCCUUUGUCUGAAGUGAUUGUGAGGAAUGGGAAGCUGGAGAAAGAGUUCUCUCUUUCUUCAACCGAUUUGUUUCACUCUCCUGCAGGUUUCGUUGAGUUGUCUCUCUCCUACGCUGGAGAGUUCCCUGAGGUGAUGCACAUCCCUGCGGCGGUUCCAACGGUGGAUGAGACAGAGAUGGUUUCUAUCGAGGUUGAUGAGUCUGAGUUUUUGGAUCCGAAGAUUGUCUGUGAGAACAAUCAGAUGGUGUCUAGUUACUUGGCCACUCCUUGUACUGAUUCUGAUGAUUUUGUGAGCUCUGAAGGCGGCUUUGUUGAAGUAAACAGCGUUCAGACUACAGUUGUUGACACUGUUGAAGAAGCAGCAGCAGCUCCAGCAGGUACUGACUUCACAAACGGAAUCUCUUCUCCAUCCAUUGCAGUUAGCUCCGGUUCCUCGGGCACUCAUGAUGAUUUGGUACUAUCAAGCAAAGGCAAAGAAUCAGGUUCAGACCAAGAAGUGAAGAAGCAGCUAUCAUCAAGUGAAGAAAACAACUCAGGUUCAGACCAAGGAGCGAAGAAGCCAGCAGAUCCCAUCAAGAACGGUGAUUUAGAUAAGGAGGAUGGUGAAGAGGUUGUGAAACCGAUUCUGACAGUGAACUUUGAACAACCAGAGCAAAAGGUGGUGCAGCAAGAUAUUGUUGACAUGUACACAAAGAGCUUGCAGCAGUUCACUGAAUCACUUGCUAAGAUGAAACUGCCUUUGGACAUGGAUAGCCCAACACAAUCAGAGAACUCAAGCUCCUCCCAGCAGACGCCAAAGAGCGCGAACUCCCGUGUUUUCUAUGGCAGUAGAGCCUUCUUUUGAAGAAGCUUUGGAGGCAAUCACAAAGGACUAAGGAGUAGCAACUAAUGAAAGUGUAAUAAUAAGUUGAAAGUUAGACUUAUCUAAAAAUGUGUAACUAUUAUUGCCUUCAGCUUUUCUUGUUAUCUGCAACUUUUUUUCUAAUUUAGUACUAAAAUCUCGCAACCUUGUCCUGUA